ACUAUGUAUCAAUUUUACUUUACACUAUUUCCAUACACUACUUUAAACUCUUGACUAAUAUUAGGGUUUAUUCUCAUACGUUUAUUUUCAAUUCAGUUAGUUCACUUUCUAACUUCCUUCUCUUAUAAAAUAUUCAUUUCACUUCAGUUGAGUUUAAUCAAUGAGAACAUACCCUUAAUGUUGUAUGCAUUACAUAAGUCCUAAAGAAUAUGUAGAUACAACAACUUAAAUUCUCAAUGUACAGUUUUAUGAUACUCUGUAUUAGUUUACAGUAUUAUUUGUAAUUGUUUAUGUUGGUUAACAUUUUGUGUUGACAAAUAUACUUGUUAAAUUGAGACAUUUAUUUUAAAACAUUUUUAGUCUUACCAAAUUAAAAAAUAAAAUUUAAUAUCCUAUAAAACAGCACUACUAUUCAGUAAAAUGAAGUUGUUCGUCAAAAUUUUACAAGUGACACAACAGUAUUCCGUUAUAUUCUCUCUCCUACCCACAUACCCUCUUCUUAUCUCCUUUUUCUCCUCUUUUUUCUUCUUCUUCUUCUUCAUCCUCUACUCUGUACUUUACUGUAUUUUCUCUUCAUUUCAUUUCAGUGACUCGUGCUAUCAAAGUAGUUGGAAACCAAAUAUUCUUCUUCUUCUCUUUCUCCCUUUUUCCCUUUUUUAUUUUCUAUCCUUUCUCAGUAAAAAGAAAUACACACCCCCUCUUUCUCUCAGCUUUUUCUCUCUCCUCCCUCUUCAAAAAAAAAACACCUUUCUCAUUUUUAGAGAGAGAAACACAGAGAUUUUGUGCUCCGUGCUUAUUGUUUUACUCACCCAAACUCAAGAUUUUCUUCACUUCCAAUAACAUUUUGAAUUCCUUAGCUUCACAUAGAAGCGGUUGUUUACUUUCCACUACUUUAUUAUUAAUCAUCCUCUUCUUAUUUCUUUUCUUCUUUAUUCCUCCAUUUCUCAACGAUUCUCUUCUUCUUUCCUCCCUUUUUUUCUCUAUAUCUCGCACGCCCUCUUCUUUCUAUUAAAUGUAAAAGGCAAAAUCAGCUCAAUAAAUCAAUUUAAGUUCGUGAUAAAAAAAAAUAGAAUAUCAUGGAGUCGUCUUCGAAGAUACUCCACCCUGUUAAGUAUACUGAACAUAAGAAUCAUACAACUCUCCACAAAAAACCCCGAAACAAGUUUCAUCAUCACUCUGUUUUUCCAAAAAUAGUAAGAAUCUCUGUUACCGACGGAGACGCGACUGAUUCUUCAAGUGACGAGGACUACUCCGACGACUCGAGACGACGUCGUAUUAAGAGGUUCGUUAACGAGGUUAACAUCGAGCCUUGUUCUUCUUCCUCUUUUUCUUCAGAGGCUGCUGUAGCGGUGCCAGCAAACGGUGUCGUUUCGAGGAGGCCGAAGAAGAGAGGGAAAUGCUCUUCUUCCGUGAAACAGAGUAAUACCUUAAAUGUGAAUGCGAAUGGAGGGAAGAAGUUCAGGGGAGUGAGGCAGAGACCGUGGGGAAAAUGGGCGGCGGAGAUUCGAGAUCCUCUCCGACGUGUACGGUUGUGGUUAGGCACUUACGACACCGCCGAGGAAGCUGCUAUGGUUUACGACAACGCUGCUAUUCAGCUCCGUGGACCCCACGCGCUCACUAACUUCUCCACUCCAAAUUCCGACAAACUCAAAGAAACUCACAAGAAGCUUUCUCUCUCCACCACGUCAUCCUCCAUUGACGACGAAGGCGACGACGGGUCCCACCACCGUCCUUCCGUUUAUUCUCCGACUUCGGUUCUUCGUUUUCAACCCGAACCCGAACCCGUUAGCCCGAAGGAGGAGGACGUAGUGGUGGUAGUCAAAGAGGAGGAACAACAACAAGAACAACAAAACAAUGUUGAGUUAUUGGGGAACCCGUGCUCGUCACCUUACGUGUCGUGCGUUGAUUCGUUGUUUCCAAGUGGGUUCUUUGAUUUUGAGAAUACGGUUCCGAGUGUACCCGACUUGUUUGAGCAUUUGGGUUUGGAUUGCGAUAACGGACAAGUGUUCGGUGAGGAUUGUAAGUUUGGGAUGUUUCUCGACUGUGCCGAUGAUCGUCACGAUUAUUUCGGGUUAUCGGGUUGGUCUACUAAUGAUUAUUUUCCAGAUAUUGGAGAUAUAUUUGGGUCCGACCCACUUCUUGCUCUUUAACUUUUUCUUUUUUUUUUCGCCUUAAUUAGCUUUUUUUUGCCUAUUAAUUUGGCAAAUACGAGUAGAAGGUUUUGUAAACAGUAAUGAGUGAGGCAAAAAAAGGAUGAGUGAAAAUAUGAGUUCGGGUUAGCUAUUUUAGUAUAAUUUUUUUUAUUUAUAUUUGUUGGUUUAAAUUCGUUAAUAUUAUGUGUUUAGUAUCAUAUAUUCGUAUGUAAUCUAUUAUCAACAAGUGUAUUUAUCGUAAGUAUGUAGCUCCAUCAUAUUAAUGUCCACUUGAUAUAUUUAAAUGUUCGUUCUCCUUUUUUUUGAAGUAUCUACAAGU